AAAACAACGAUAUUUUGGGCCCAACCUAAAGAAAAAAACUUCACUUCGGGCAAAGAAGAAAGCUUUAUGUAUUGGGGUUUAAGAAAGCUUCAAACUUUGAACGGCGUUAAGUUGUUCGUCUUCGAUCUACACCGCCUUCAGUCGCAACGCAGGAAUUAGGGAACAUGGAAACUAGUCAAAGAGAUGAGCUUUCUAGCUUCUUAACUGUUCUCCCCCCUGUGGAUUUCUGUUGUGUUUAUGGUUCUACGCUGCACCCAAAUAACCAAGAUAAGUCUAAAAUGGUGGACUACAUCCUUGGCGUCUCUGAUCCCUUGCAAUGGCACUCUGAGAAUCUGAAGAUGAAUUCAGAUCACUAUGCUUCAUGGAUGGUUCACCUUGGUGGAGCCAGGCUGAUCACGGAAGUUGCGGAUAAAGUAGGUGUUGGAGUUCACUUCAACCCAUUUGUCAGCUGGAACGACAGGAAGCUCAAGUAUGGGGUUGUUCGGAUGAAUGACCUAGUACAGGACAUACUGGACUGGAACAGAUUCUACUUGAGUGGCCGUUUACAGAAACCGGUUCACUUGCUUGUUGAUAAUCUGGACAUAGAAGACGUGAACUCUGUUAAUAAGAGAGCCGCAGUAUCUGCAGCCCUUCUUCUCUUGCCAUCAAAAUUCACCGAGGAAGAUCUGUACGCCAAAAUAUGCAGCCUUUCUUACAUGGGAGACUUGCGAAUGCUUUUUGCUGAGGACACUAAUAAGGUGAACAAGAUUGUGAAGGGGCAAUUUGAUCUUUUCCAGUCAAUGUAUAAGCCUUUUCUUGAAGACUGCCAGACCAAAAACUUGCUGAGAUUCUCAUCUGCUGAAACUAAUUUAGUUCAGGACUCAAGCCUUUCAGCAUCACGCUCUCUGGUCUCUUCUCUCCCUGCAUCAGUAAGAAGCCAAAUGGGGAAGUUACUUGGGGAAAAGAAAAUCUUGAGCGAGACCGGUAGAGUUUCAGGGGAAGUUUGUAUAGGUUCAAGAGAAGUAGCAGCGAGAUGUAUGGAGAAGGUAAUGAAGCGAAGGGUAAUGGUUUCAAGUGCCAGACAGGCUGUGUCUGGUUUCUUGGCUGCUGGAGCUAUUAAUGCAACAAUGUAUCUUUCCCAGAAAAUGCGCAAAGCUUGGAAUUCUCGGUCAUGAAAGGGUUUUAGAUGAACUGUUAGUUGAAGAAAGUAGAUCUUGCCACCAUUAAGUUGAUGAUCAUUCUUUCUUUUUCUUCUUCUUUUUUGGUUUUGAAGUAACAACUUUUCUUUUUGUGUUGAUGGUUAUGUCUUCUGAUGUCAUAGAUGAGAGAAAUAUAGAAGCAAACACAUCAAUCUACUAUCAUUUUAUCAUUUUUAUGUUCUUA